AUGAUCGUGGACGAGUCGAGUUCAACUAAUUCGUCAAUUGCCGAGUAUACCGGUCACCAUCAUCAAGACCAGAAAGAGAAACUCGAAGCAGAAAAGCUUUCGAGAUAUGAGAGUCACUCGCAAUUUCAAGCUGAUUACAAUGACAAUGAUGAAGAAAGCAGACGCCUUCAUCUCGUAAGGACAAUCACAGCAUUAUCACAAAAAGAAGGUGCUGGUGCAUUGGACUCCAUAUCUCGCGAAAUCUCAAGACAAGUUUCUAAUAAGGAUGGGGGGUUUGAACUAAAAUUGGAUGAGUUCAAUUUGAUGAGGAUAUUGUCAAACUUUGUUUACUUUGCCAAGAAACAAGGCAUUGUCUUGAGAAGCAGUGGUAUCACAUUUAAAGAUUUGUGCACAUAUGGUACUGAUGAAUCGUUUGCAGUUGUCCCAACAUGUCUUGAUUUAUUAAAAGGUCCCAUUGGAGGUAUACAACAGAUAGUUUCAAAGGCAAGAACUCCAAACAAGAAAAUUUUGCACAAAUUGAAUGGUUGUGCAAAACCAGGGGAGAUGGUUUUGGUUUUGGGUAGACCGGGUGCUGGUUGCACAACCUUUUUGAAAAGUAUCAGUGGAACCGAUCAUGACCUCUAUAAAGGUGUCGAAGGUGAUAUUAGAUACGACGGAUUGUCACAAAAGGAGAUGAUCAAACAUUUCAAAAAUGAUUUGGUUUACAACCCGGAGUUGGAUGUCCAUUUUCCUCACUUGACUGUUGACCAAACCUUGUCGUUUGCUAUUGGAUGUAAAACACCAAAUGUGAGAAUUGAUGGUGUGUCUAGAGAACAGUUUGUGCAAGCAAAAAAGGAAAUCUUGGCCACUGUAUUUGGAUUAAGGCAUACGUAUCACACAAAAGUUGGUAAUGAUUUUGUUAGGGGUGUUUCUGGUGGUGAGAGGAAAAGAGUUUCCAUUGCCGAGGCAUUGGCCUGUAAUGGUACCAUUUAUUGCUGGGAUAAUGCAACUAGAGGGUUGGAUGCCUCAACCGCAUUGGAGUUUGCUCAAGCUAUCAAGACAUCAACAAAGAUUUUAAAAACAACAUCUUUUGUCUCUAUCUACCAAGCUGGUGAAAACAUUUACGAGUGUUUUGAUAAAGUAACAGUGCUUUACCACGGUCGCCAAAUCUACUUUGGUCCAGCAAACAAAGCCAAAAAGUUUUUUGAAAAAAUGGGUUGGCAAUGUCCGCCACGACAAACGACUGCAGAGUUUUUGACUGCAUUAACAGACCCUAUCGGACGAUUUGCAAAGCCUGGAUGGGAAAACAAAGUUCCACAGACUGCCGAGGAGUUUGAAAGUUACUGGCUCCGCUCGGAAGAGUACAAACUUUUGUUAGAUGAGAUUGACGAGUUCAAUAACUCAAUCGAUGUUGAUGAAGUUCGCAAGGAAUACUACCAUUCAGUUCAACAAGAAAAAAUGAAAGGUGCAAGACAAUCUUCACCAUUUACAAUAUCGUAUCUCCAACAACUCAAGCUAUGUGCAAAGAGAAGUGUGCAAAGAAUAUGGGGUGAUAAGGCGUAUACAGUAACACUUAUGGGAGCCGGUGUUUCCCAAGCAUUUGUUGCUGGUUCGCUUUACUACAAUACUCCAGAUGAUGUCUCGGGUGCUUUUUCGAGAGGUGGUGUCAUUUUCUUUGCUGUGUUGUUCAUGUCCUUGAUGGGGUUGGCAGAAAUCUCUGCGUCUUUUGCUAGUAGACCCAUUUUGAUGAAACAAAAAAACUAUUCAAUGUACCAUCCUUCGGCAGAUUCGCUUUCCAACUUUGUCACCUCGAUUCCAAUCAGUAUUCUUAUCAACAUCUUCUUUGUCAUAAUUUUGUACUUUUUGUCAAACUUGGCAAGAGAAGCUGGCAAGUUUUUUAUUUGCUUUUUGUUUGUUGUGUUGCUACAUAUGACUAUGGGCUCUUUGUUCCAAGCCGUUGCUGCUAUAAACAAAUCGGUUGCUGGUGCAAAUGCUUUGGGUGGUGUUCUUGUUCUAGCCUCAUUGAUGUAUUCAUCGUAUAUGAUUCAAAGACCAUCUAUGCAUCCAUGGUUUGAAUGGAUUUCAUACAUCAACCCAGUGUUGUAUGCAUUUGAAGCAAUUAUCGCAUCCGAAUUCCAUGGCCGCCGUAUGCCCUGUACUGGUCAAUAUCUUACACCUUCUGGUCCUGGAUAUGAGAAUUUGUCAGCUGGAGAACAAGUGUGUACUUUUAUCGGUUCAGUUGCGGGGCAAAACUGGGUAUUGGGAGAUGACUACUUGAGAAUAGCGUACACGUAUAGAUUCACACAUGUUUGGAGAAACUUGGGCAUUCUUAUUGGGUUUUUGGCAUUUUUUUUGGCAAUUACAUCGUUGGGAACUGAGUACAUCAAGCCAAUCACCGGUGGCGGUGACAAGCUUUUGUUUUUGAGAGGCAAAGUUCCUGAUAAGAUUAUUUUGGCAGCAAAGAAGGGCGAAGGGGAUAUUGAAGAGGGCCCUGCAAUGGAGGGUUUGGAUGACCGUGAGGUUAAAGUUGAUCUUGGUGAUGAUGAGUUGAAGGUAAAGGAUAUUUUCAUUUGGAAGGAUGUUGAUUAUGUAAUUCCAUAUGAUGGUAAACAGCGUAAAUUAUUGGACAAUGUGAGUGGCUACUGUAUUCCGGGUACAUUGACUGCAUUAAUGGGUGAAUCAGGUGCUGGGAAGACCACUUUGUUGAAUACUUUGGCACAAAGAAUUGAUUUUGGAGUUGUUACUGGUGACAUGUUAGUAAACGGGAAACCAUUAGAUUCGUCAUUCAGCAGACGUACAGGGUAUGUGCAGCAACAAGAUAUUCAUGUAUCUGAAGUUACAGUGAGAGAAUCAUUGCAAUUUGCAGCUAGGUUAAGACGCCCCAAGGGUGUAAGUGAUAAGGAAAAGUUAGAUUAUGUGGAAAAGAUCAUUGAUGUUUUGGACAUGAGCACUUAUGCGGAUGCUAUUGUUGGAAGAUCCGGUAACGGGUUGAAUGUUGAGCAAAGAAAAAAAUUGUCAAUCGGUGUCGAAUUGGUAGCUAAACCAUCAUUGUUGCUUUUCCUUGAUGAGCCAACCUCGGGGUUGGACUCUCAAUCAGCAUGGGCCAUUGUUAAGUUAUUGCGUGAAUUGGCCAAUGCCGGACAAUCUAUUUUGUGUACUAUCCACCAACCUUCAGCAACAUUAUUUGAAGAAUUUGAUAGAUUAUUAUUGUUGAGAAAGGGGGGUCAGACUGUUUACUUUGGCGACAUUGGAGAGAGGUCUAGAACCAUUUUGGACUAUUUUGAAAGAAACGGAGCAAGAAAGUGCCAAGAUAGUGAAAAUCCAGCGGAAUAUAUACUUGAAGCGAUUGGGGCUGGUGCGACUGCUGCUACUACGGAUGACUGGUUUGACAUUUGGUCAAACUCGCCGGAAAGACUUGCUGCUGAUAAAAAGAGAGAUGAGUUGGUUGAAAGCUUGAAAAGUAAACCAUCUGACUUGACUAAGGAACAAGAAAUAGAACUAAGUCACAGGUAUGCCAUGCCCUAUUGGUACCAAUUUCGGUGGGUCGCUAAUCGUAAUGCUUUAACAUUCUAUCGUGACCCUGAUUAUAUAAUGGCCAAAAUUUUUCUUAUGACAAUAUCUGGCUUGUUUAUUGGCUUUACAUUCUUUGGAUUGAAACAUACAAAGACUGGAGCUCAAAAUGGUAUGUUUUGUGCUUUUUUAUCAGUUGUUGUGUCAGCGCCAGUGAUUAAUCAAAUUCAAGAAAAGGCAAUUGGAGGUCGUGAUUUGUUUGAAGUUCGAGAGAAAUUGUCAAACACAUACCACUGGUCAUUGAUGAUUCUUUGCCAGAUUUUGAAUGAGAUGCCUUACUUGAUGAUAGGUGCAGCCAUUAUGUUUGUUUCACUUUACUUUCCUACUCAAGUCGAUACACUGGCAGCACAUUCAGGUAUGUUUUACUUUACACAUGGCAUUUUUUUGCAAGGGUUUGCUGUUUCGUUUGGUUUGAUGGUGUUGUACAUUGCCCCAGAUUUGGAGAGUGCAGCCGUCCUCGUCUCCUUCCUUUAUACGUUCAUUGUUGCAUUCAGUGGCGUUGUUCAACCCGUCCAGUUGAUGCCUGGAUUCUGGACUUUUAUGAACAAAGUCUCGCCAUACACCUAUUUUAUUCAAAACUUGGUCUCGUCGUUUUUGCACGGGAGGACUAUACGUUGCAGUGAUAAGGAACUUGCGUUUUUUGACCCACCUUCGGGACAAACAUGUGCAGAGUUUGCGGGAGAUUUUUUGAAACGUGCUGGUGGGUAUCUUCAAGACCCCAAUGCUACAUCCAAUUGCGGCUACUGUCAAUUCAAUAACGCUGACCAAUAUUUGUCAACUAUUGGUGUCAAGUUUUCAUACAGAUGGAGAAACGUGGGGUUCUUCUUUGCGUACAUUUUUUUCAAUAUCAUCAUCUGCAUGGCCUUGUACUACUUAUUUCGUUUCAGUAAAUUCACAAACAAACUUAAAGGCUUGACAACUGUAUUAAGCAAAAAAAAAAAAAAGAAGGACCAAAAGAAGAAUAACACAUGA